AUGAUUCAUGAUGUGUUGCAGAGUCUGAGAAAAGAGCCGAGGGCGCUGCGAAGCCCCUCGGGUGCUGCCCGUUCAUGGACGUUUUCCUUGCGUGAGGUGAGGGAGGUUCUCCCAGCUGGUAGUUCGUGUAGCUCUUCCCGGUUUGGUGAAGACGAGUUAACGACUUGUGCUGCUUUGCUGCGGUGCCGGAAGUGCAAAUGCCACGGUCGAACAGCGAAGCUGGUCAUGGCCAAAGCCGGAGGGGCCUUCACGGUCUUGCCUCGGCUCCAAGUGCAGUCUUCGGGUGCCACGGUGCCACAGAAGCUUGCAGACAACCUUGUACGUAGUGAGCUGCACGAGCUCAAGAAAGGCAUGAAGACGCUGGACUUCAUCCGGUCUUGGAUGUGCGUCGGGACAGUCAGGGCACCCAGAGCACUCAGAGCACUCUUGCCAGCGCCUCCCCCGGCGAAACUCCUUGGCAGCUCGGUAGCUGAAGUUCGUUUGCGGUGUCCUGGACUGUUGGACAGGUUGGAGGCUGAAGAGUUUGUCUUGCAGGAUGGACAUCUAUCAUAUCCUGUACCUUUCCAGAGUCGUCGCUUCGUCAGUGGUCCGACGUCCAUUAGACAAGGCUCCAUGGGAUGUUUGAAGAGGAUCACGAGCAGACUCAGCAGCUUGUGCAGCCGAUUGUUCCCCUUCCUGUAUGACUGUCUCUUCUACUGCCCACAGCCGAAGCCGCGGUCUGAAAUCGAGACGGUCUACCAGGACAAAGUGGAUGUGGAGCGCCAGAUUCGCAAGCUCCGUUCAUCGAUCACGCGAAGGCGGAAUCUUGCACAACGCGCAUUGGCGAGUGGGGCAACCGUCGUGCCAGAUCCUCAAGCAAUCCUGCAACACUACGAGAAGGUACUCCUUGGCUUGGAGGAAAGACUGCUCGUUCUGAAUGAGCACCUUGCGCGGUUGCAAGGCGACAAGUUCGUGCCCUGGGAGGUGAGUGCCAGCUCUUCCAUUUCGACAUCGCCGACGCUGUCAGGUGCAGGGCCCCGACCGAGCUAG